AUGGCUUCUCGUCCAGAGGACAAUCUCCUAUGUCCAAUCUGCCAUGCGGUCUUCACACACCCCGUCAUCCUGUCAUGCAGCCACAGUUUCUGCAGAGCCUGCUGGCAGCGAUGGUGGACAUUAAGGUCGAAUCGCAGGUGUCCAGUCUGUAACGCAACAUCUCAACAAUACGACCCACCUUGUAACCUCGCUCUGAAGAACUUGUGUGAAGCUUCUCCACCUGAGAAACACUCUGCUGUGUUUUGCAGUUUGCACUCUGAGGAGCUCAAACUCUUCUGUGAGGACCAUCAGACUCCAGUGUGUGUGAUCUGUCUGCAUUCAAGCUCCCACAACAACCACAGCUUCAGACCAAUCAAUGAAGUCGCUCUGGGUUACAGAGAGGGACUCCGGAUACUCCUGGAGCCUUUAAAGGAAACACUGGAUCUCUUCAAGGACAUGAAAUCAAACCUUGAUCAGUCCAACAAGGACAUCGAAGACCAGGCUAAAGACGCAGAGACUCAGAUCAAUAAGGAGUUCUCCAUGCUUCAGGAGUUACUCAAAAAAGAACAGAAAGCAAGAACAGGUGCCGUGAUGAAGGAGAAGAAGCAGAAGAGUCUGGUCCUGAAGUGGAAGAUGGAGGAUCUGAGCAGAGACAUAGAAGCUCUUUCAGACAAAGUCAGAGCCACAGAGGAAGUGCUGAAAGCUGGAAAUAUCUCCUUCCUGCAGAACUACACGACUGCAGCUGACGGAGUCGAUGGUUUCCAGCUGAAAGAUCCACAGCCGAUCAAAGAUGGUCUGAUAGAUACGUUCAAACACCUGGACAACCUGCCCCUCCAGGUGUUGGACAGCAUGAAGAAAGCCAUCACACGUUCAAGAUCAGGGCCGCCCCUGGCAGUGGCGAUCCUGCCCCAAAUGGACAUAGACAUAGAGACUAGACUAUAG